UCGCAGAGAUCGGGGGAGAUCGUGACAGGAAGCAGGUGGGAGAUUUCCUACAUGAAUGAAUCGCUAACCGUCGCUUCACAACUCAUUGCAGUGUGCAGAAAUAAGUCUAGACUUGUCUUAUGGGGCCCUUCACACUGAUCUGUUAGAAACAAGUGGAAGAUAAAUGCGUCUCUUUAAAUCCAAUGAAACGUCACACAGAAAUCAGUUCCAUUAAUUUCCUGCUGCAUCAGACGCACUCACCAUCUUGACUUCCUGUAAAUCUGUCUUGCUGCUUCUAACCAAUCAGAGAUGCCAGAGGGUCCCGAGCUCCAUCUUUCCGGUCUCUUUGCAAAUAGGGUUUGUGCUGGGCUACACUUUGCAGGCAAGGUGGAAAAAUCAGCUGUCAGUAAAAAUUCUGAAGUGCCGUUCUGCAACCCAAAGUACACCAUCAGCGCCGUGGCCAGAGGAAAGGAGGUCAAGCUGAUCCUCACCCCGGCAUUGAAUAAAAAUGAUCCCGCGUCUGUCAUUUUCAGGUUUGGCAUGUCAGGAAGCUUUAAAUUCACAACCGAGGAUAACCUUCCCAAACAUGCUCACCUGCGCUUCUACACCAAAGAUUCUCCGCGUCACGUUCUCAGCUUUGUGGACCCACGCCGCUUCGGAAGCUGGCAGUUCAAUGGAUCGUGGCAGGCGGAGCGUGGCCCUUGUGUGAUGACGGAGUAUGAAAAGUUCAGGGAGAAUGUGUUGAAAAACUUGUCUGACAAAGCAUUUGACAAACCAAUAUGUGAAGCUUUGUUGAACCAGAAAUAUUUUAAUGGCAUUGGCAAUUACUUGCGAGCAGAAAUCUUGUAUCGGUUGAACAUUCCACCAUUCAUGCAGGCUCGUGAGGUUCUGGAGGCCGUAAAGCAUCAAAAUGAGAACAGUGACCUUUCACUCAGCAAGAAAAUAAAAAUUAAAAAGGAAAAUCCAGACCUUUUGCAGCUCUGCAACUCCGUUCCAUUGGAAGUCCUUGAUCUGGGAGGUAAAGGAUAUGACCCUGAAAAUGCAGUUGACUAUACUGCCUUUGGAACAUGGCUGCAAUGUUAUUUUGUCUCUGGAAUGAAGACUCUGAAAGACAGCAAUGGGAGGACCAUCUGGUUCCAGGGGGAUCCGGGUCCACUUGCUCCAAAGGGCAACAAAGUAAAGAAAUCACGUAAAUCUUCGGCUGUAAAACCCAAACCAGUCAAGGUUGAGAAGACAGCCUCUAAAAGAAAAACUUCCUUGACUGUGAAACAAGAAGUAAAAGAGGAGAUAGAUGGUGAAGGAGGGGAAACGCAAGCAAAAAGGAAGAGGAGAGUGAAAGAGGAGAAUGUGGUUCAAGAAGAGGACACAAAGAACGGACAGAAAGCAAAGAGGAUACCGAGAGGGAAGAAAACCAGCAAAGAGCCUGAGAGGGAUGUGAGCAGGAGAUCAUCUAAUCGAGGUUCUGCAAGGAAAACUCCUUCUAAGAGAGGCAGAGCUACACAACCAAAGACGGAGGACGCCGCAACUCCCAAACCCAGGACUCGUAAGCUGAAAUCUGAGAAGCCCCGAAAUUCUCCAAAACCUAGAAUUCGGGGACUAAAACCUGACAUGAGCGCCACACCACGAAAUUCUCCAAAACCUAGAAUUCGGGGACUAAAAUCUGACAUGAGCGCCACACCACGAAAUUCUCCAACGGGGAAAACACGAGCAAAAAGAAAAUCUACUGUACGCGAUGCAGAAGCCAAGUCUUAGCUGACAGAUCCUAUAAGCCUGGUGCAAGAAAAAUUUCAUCUAUUGGCCUUUUUUAAAUUAAAUAUGUGUUUUAAGUGCAUUUUAAAUGUAAACUAGCUUUUGAUUAAUUUGCCAUUUUUUAUAACAGAUUUUAUGAAAAAAAAGAUUUGUACAAGUUUAAUAAAAUGCACCUUUUUUUAUCAUUGUCCAAAAUGCCCUUAAUGUUCAGGUUUUGUGGUGCCUUCUGAAUAGCUCUGUACUGAAGUAGGGAUGGGUGCUUAAUCCCAUUAAAGUAAUGCAAAUCAGAAUUUUAAUGGAAUGGAUGGGUUAGAGGUGAUGAUUAGACCUGCUGAAGGAAAGUAAAAAAGUGAGGUUUGGUAUGACAUAUGACUAGCAAUGGUAUGCUUUUGGCACUGGUUAGUAUUGGUGUCAGGAACUAGACAUAGCGGAGCAGAUUACUUCAGUAGAGUUCUGUAAUCAAGAAUUGGUCUACCCUCGAGAGCAGGGGUCUCCAAACUAUCUAAACAAACGGCCAGUUUACUGGCCGCCAGACUUUAGGGGGACAAUUGAAAAAUGUCCUGGCAUCAGUGGGAGUAAACCAUGCCCCAUCUUUGGUGU